CCCGGCCCGGCCCCUUGUCCUGCGUGCUGUGGGAAGCGCGGAGUCGCUCGGGCGAAGGCUGAGAGGGGCUUGUGGGACGGCCAUGGCACCGCUGAGGGACUGCAAGGCCUGGCAGGACGCUGGACUUGGGCUGUCGACCGCUAGCAACGAAGCCUGUAAGCUAUUUGAUGCUGCGCUAAGCCAGUAUGCAACGUGGCGCAACGAUGAGAAUCUAGGAGGUAUUGAAGGGUGUCUUUCCAAGUUAAAGGCUGCAGAUCCAAAUUUUGUCAUGGGACAUGUCAUUGCUAACGGAUUGGAGCUUAUUGGCACUGGAAGCUCAGUGCGGCUCAACAGAGAUCUGGGCAGUGCGCUGAAAACAAUGAUGACGCUGUCGAGAUCUCAGCCCCUGACUGAGCGGGAGAAGCUUCACGUAUUGGCCUUGGACAUGUUUGCCAGUGGACAGCUUCCAAAAGCUUGUGAUGUAUGGGAACGGAUUCUACAGAACCAUCCGACUGACUUGCUAGCCCUCAAAUUUUCCCAUGACACUUAUUUCUACUUAGGAUAUCAAAUACAAAUGCGAGAUUCUGUUGCUCGGGUUUUUCCUUUCUGGACACCUGACGUUCCUCUGAGCAGCUACGUGAAGGGCUACUAUGCUUUUGGACUCAUGGAAUCAAACUUUUUUGAUCGUGCAGAGAAGCUUGCCCGUGAGGCUUUGGAUGUAGAGCGGACAGAUGCGUGGUCUGUUCAUACUGUAGCUCACGUAAAUGAAAUGAAAGCAGAGGUGGAGAAAGGGUUGGCGUUCAUGAAGGAAACAGAAGACAACUGGAAGGGCAGUGAUAUGCUUGCUUGCCACAAUUACUGGCACUGGGCUUUAUACUUUAUGGAAAAGGGGGAACAUGAGGCCGCUUUGACAAUUUAUGACAACCAUAUAGCUCCCAGGCUGCUGUCGGGUAGAAGCAUGCUGGAUUUAGUAGAUAGCUCUUCGAUGCUGUACAGGCUUCACCUGGAAGGUGUGAAGCUUGGAGACAGGUGGGACAAUGUCCUGAAGCGUGCAAAGCAGCACAGCAAAGACCACGUUCUUCUUUUCAAUGAUGUACACGUGUUGAUGUCCUCACUUGGAGCCAAAGACCACAAAACUACGAAUGAGCUUUUAACAACUCUUCAAGAACUUGCCAAAGAACCUGGCGAAGACCACGAGCUUUCUCUGGCUCCCAGUGUGGGGUUGCCAUUACUGCAGGCUUUGGUGGAGUUUGAGAAUGGGAACUGUGACAAAGCUGUAGAUCUGCUGUACCCGAUCCGUUACCAACUGAUCCAGCUAGGAGGCAGUAAUGCUCAGAGGGAUAUUUUCAGCCAGCUAUUGAUUCAUGCUGCUUUAAAUUGCAAAUCCCAAGCCAAACAAAACCUCGCUAAGUGCCUCCUGAGAGAGCGUGAUGUGAUGAGACCAAAUUCACCAAUGACAGAGCGACUCAUAAGGAGGGCAGCGGCUGUUCAUUCAGUGGCAUAAAUCUGUCCUCACUGCUAGCAAUAAGCUCAUCAAUCGAAGUCUGGGUGCUUUGGGUGGAGGGAUGCAGUGCUGUAAAGCAUGCUGGAGAAAUCCCUAGGAGCGAGAGACCUGAUGACAGCUGACUUGGAAGAUACAACCUGAAAUGCAACAGCUUUAAAUCCUGGAUGAUUCCAC